AUGCUGCUGCUGGCUCAGCUCACUAUCUUCUACCUCUCCACCAAGACCAUCAUUCCCAGUUUCGACUUCCCAAUUCUCAACAUCUGCGUACUCGUCAACGACAUCACACGGCCCCCAUCUACGCUUCCAUGCACCCAGGCCCGUUCUCAGCACAAGCCACACGGCGGCAGCAGCAGCAAGCAACGGACGCCAAAGACGAAGAAGUCAAGGUGCAACAUUACGCCCACGAUCAACGAGAUGUCGUCUCCUGGUCUUCAGUGUGCGACUAUGUAA